AUGUCCCAUCUCAAUACCAACUUCGAGUCGGACAUGGACUCAUUCCUCAAUAUUCCUCAAGAGGACUUCACACCCGCCUCUACAUCGCCCAACAACCAGGUAUCCCAGUUGGCCUCGCAGUCGUCCCACUUCGCGAGCAGCAACCAAACCUUCUCCGGGCCCAGCUUCCAGUACGAUGCGUACCGCCAACAGACUGGUCUGCCUGCGGGAGGUCUAGCCAAUACCUUUGCCGUCAACCAGACCGCUGGACUGCAACAUUGGGAUGGCCAGGGCAGCUUUGUCAUGCCCUCCGAGUCCAUCAACUUGCCCCUGAGUAAGAUCGAGGACUUUGACUUCGCCCGUAUGGAGGACAUCGAUUUUGAUGCCGAUUCUCCUACCCUUUUCAAUGGUGCUCAAGGACAAUUUGUCAGUCCUACAACUCUUGUCUCCAGCGGCUCGAGUUCCUCGUCUAUGCAACGCAUCUAUCCUGGCAUGCAUAGCCAGGCCGCCCAAGCCAAGGCCCAACAGGCCAAGCAACAGCAAGAGAUGAUCCGCCAACAGCAGCAGCAGCAAGCCGCUCGUCCUCUGCCUGCUGGCCAGAAGCCUCUGCCGAAGGGUCAGCCCACUAAGGACCCCCGUGUGGAGGAAAGCAUCUCUCGCAUCCUGAAUCAAAUGAGGCAGAAGAGCACUGACACCAAGGAGGAGGAUUCCCCUAGUCCCAACGUCUCCAACAUGCCCCGCUCUAAGAAGGAUGAGGAGGACAUGGACGAAGAUGAGCGUCUCCUGGCCAGUGAAGAGGGCAAGAAGCUGUCCAGCAAGGAGCGCCGUCAACUCCGCAACAAGGUUUCUGCUCGUGCCUUCCGAUCUCGCAGAAAGGAAUACAUUGGCCAGCUUGAAGGUGAACUUGCUGCGAAAGUUGAAGAAGGCGCUGUACUCCGUACCGAGAACCAGCAGCUACGCGAGGAGAACAACAGGCUCACGGAUCUCACUCGCAUGCUUCUGUCCUCCCAGGCUUUCUCCGGUUUCUUGCAAGAGCUAAGCCAAUCUGGCAUCCCACCCCCUGUACAGCAACGACCUACUCAGCAGCCCACCCCUCAGGAGCGUCCACAAUCGCAGGCCCAGCGCAAGGAUGUCAAUCCCCACCAAGCUGCUCGUCAAGUCCAAUCUCAGCAACCUCAGAUUGGCAUGGCUUUGAUGCCCGAAACCAACAUUGACCUCUCUUUGUUCGACACUCCCUCUUGGAACUCCGGUAUCAACGCCAAUGACUUCCAAGUUUUCGCGGUCACUGAGCUUCCCGAAGGCCCAACUCUAGAUCUGAGCGUGGCCACCGAGAAAUCCAACUCCCCAAGCGGCGGCUUCGAUGAUACGAAGCUUCAGCCCUGCCUUCCUGAGUUGCCGCCUUUUGCCGAAUCGCUUCCUACCUUCCAGCAAGAAGCUAAGGUCGAUGCUCCAACGGUCCCGGUCUGCGCUGUACCUGCCGCCGAUUCGUUUGCGACUACCGCUUCGAUGACCACGGCUGGGUGCUCUCUCCGAAAGUCUACACUAGGUCCCGCCACACCAUCACGAUCCCUUGAAGCGCUGUGUUCGGACCUAGAAGAGUCGUGCAAGCGCCUCGCUUCGCUAUUGCCGCGAGAUUGA